AUGAAGUUCCAAGCUGUGCUUUUGGCUCUUGCGGUCGACUCUGUUUCCGCGGUUUGUGUCGCAGGGACAAGGCCAAACUCUUCAACUUCAGCGUCAACCGCCACUCCCUCAGUCUUGCCAUCCGAAGCUCCCGUGGCCGAGGCCGCCGCUGAUUCGUCGUCCGCGGCCGCGGAUGUAUCAUCAUCCAGCAUCUCGACUAAUGUUUUGAGUGCCGCUGCUGUCUCCGGCACGUCCACCUUCUACGGUGGAAACCUCAACGGGGGAGCAUGCUCGUUCACCACCAUGUCGGGUAUCCCAUCUGGGUUGUACGGCACCGCCUUUUCCGGUUCUGCCUGGAACAAUGCCGCCCAGUGCGGUGGGUGCCUCGAGGUAACCGGCCCCAACGGUAAGAUCCAAGUCAUGAUCGUCGAUAAGUGCCCCGAGUGUGACGAGGGCCAUCUGGAUCUUUUCCAGGACGGGUUUGCGAAAAUCGGCUCCAUUUCUGCCGGCGAGAUCUCCACAUCCUAUACGCAGGUUGCUUGCGGCAUCACGUCGCCCAUUGUCCUCCACAACAAGUCUGGCACCAGCGCCUACUGGUUCUCCAUGCAGGUCGUCAACUCGAACCGACCCAUCUCCAAGCUGGAGGUCAGCACCGAUGGCGGGAGCACCUGGCAGAGCACCACUCGGACUGAUUACAACUUCUUUGAAAAUUCGAGCGGGUUCGGCACGAGCACCGUCGAUGUUCGUGUGACCAGCGCGUCUGGUGGUACCAUCAAAGUGAGCGGGGUCUCGGUGGCGUCGGACUCGAAGGUGACCGCGGCAUCGAACUUCUCCUGA